AUGGGCACCAAGGCAAAGGAUACUCGAGCAUGGCUGUGGCCGCCUUCAAUGACGGUCCCAACCUUGUUCGCCGCCACGGCCGUCCUGCAAGCCGCCAACUACGAAUGGCUGCGGCGAUGGCUUAUCUCGGGCGCGCCAGCCCUUAGCUUCCUCAUCCUGGUCGGUGAAGCCAGGGGCCAGCGAAUCGCGCCGUUUGCUCACGUCUGGACGCUGUUCGCCACCGUCAACCUGGCUUAUGCCGUGGCCUCUACCUCGUGGCUCCUCUACUGGGCUUUCGCGGUCCUCUGCUACCCGACCAUCUACCUAACAUGCCUCACGCAGUUCGACAUUGUGGGCGACGUCACGCGGAGGGUGAUGCGAACGCUCAUCAGGCAGUUGCAUUUCAUCGAUGACAAAAUCUCCCUGUUCGACAUUCCGGCGUUGGAGAUUGACACGGAUGUCGAUGGGUUGAUGGUUUUUAGGGGAAUCACGUUUUGCCUGUCGUCGCUGAGUUUCGUCAUCCACGGCGUGGAAGUCGGCAUCAAGCUGCCCGACGAUCUGGAGCUGGCAGUCCAGACCGAGACGGUUUCCGUGUCGCUGUUUCGCAGCAUACAAGUGGGAGACUGUUUUGCAAACCUGAAGAAUGCCAACGUCGGAAAGGGCGACGGCGCUGCGUCGGACUGCGGCCCGUCUUUGAGAAGCACAUCCGAGUCCGUCCAGAUGAAGUAUGACCUGACGGAUGGAAGCCCUCCAGUUGAUUCCUCCCACAGGACUGCGACCAAGGACAUGAAGCAGUUUACUCUGCGGGAUGACGCCGCUAAUGAGCAGUACAGAAGAAUCCUCAAGCACAUCAAUGAUACUAAUACCGUCCAUGAAGCUCGGGAGUACAUCAAGCAACUGGACAAGAAUGCCGACGCUGCGCUGGAUGACGAGUCUGCGCUGCGAGCGGCCAUCUGCUCUGAGCUUCAUUCCAAGCCGUCGGUGCCCCAUCCUCCCACCCGUUCCAUCAAAGUGACGACGCUGCAGCAGCUGCUGCCUCCCCGCAUCCGAGGUUUCCUUCACAGGCUGCCCAUGCUCCUCCGCCUCGUGCUUAACCCAAUCUCCUACUUUCACCCGGUCAGCAUAUCUUCCAUCACGGCUACCGCGUCGGGGCGCUGGAUCGAAGAAUUGGUGGUGCAGAGCAUCUUCAAGGGGUACGACGAGUCCGACUCGGAGCUACGCCGCCUCAAGGACCGCGUGUCCGCAUGGGUCGCCGACGCCAACUUUGCCGUCGAGCUUGGCACGGUCCUGGGCGUUGCUCAAGUGCCCAUCAUCUCUUCGUACAGCAUAAACUGUCAACUGGCAGUCGACGACGUGCGAGCCUACCGAGCUCUGCCUGAUGAAGUGAGCCUCGUCCAGGUGGUGAGGCUGGGCGGUGCCGACGCGACUUUUGUCCUGCCAAGCUACCUGCUGCCCCAUCACGAGCACCUGCUUCCGACAGAGCGUGAUUCGGAAGGCCGACUGGACGCAGAAGAAGCCGACGUCGCGCAUGUCAAGGCCUCUGUUCACGCCAAGCUACCGGCAAUCCUCGACCAGGAACUGCUCGACUUUGUCGCGCUGCUGGUCAAGGCUAGCAAGCUGGUGGAAAUAGAAGAAGCGACCGCCGGUGAUGUACCCACGUUGAAGGAAAUACCCGGGGCGCUCAACCAGAAAGUCAAGGAGAAGUUCAAAAAGGUCAUCAUAUCGACCGACCAAAGGCUUGCCAAGCUUGUGGGCAGAGUGAUGCGGAAACUGGAACAGGUGAAUGGCGACUUGGGAUACACGGGGAACAUAGCAGUGCAGUUGAAAGAGUACAGGAUGACGGGGUGGUUGGAAGCAGAGGGUGAAAAGCUGCUGCCAUGA